GGAUGGGGAAACGUGAUUACGAAGCCCCAGUGUGGGUGUGCCGGAGGAAAGGAGCCUUCAUGGGGACCAGAUUUGCACAUUGUAGAACGGCUUUGGCCAGGUGGACCUGUCCUCAAACGGAACCUGCACAUUGUGCCGGCGCAAAGUCAACUAGGUAUAUCUAAACCAAGAUUUUUUUUAAAGGUUUACAGCAUUGCAUCCUGAAGAGAGGGCAUGAUGUUUUCUUAGCCACUUUUGAAAAUGCCUAAGAAAGACGCCAAGAAGGACGCAAAGAAGGGUGGAAAACCUGAACCUGAGAAAAAGAAAGAGGAGGAAAAGAAAGGGAAGGAUGACAAAAAAGGAGGAAAAGAGGAAAAGAAACCUAGCAAGGAUGAUAAGAAAGGUGGAAAGGAUGAUAAGAAAGGAGGGAAAGAUGAUAAGAAAGGGGGAAAGAAGGGAAAGGAUGAUGGAAAGAAAGGAAAAGACAAAGGGAAAGGUAAGAUAGUGGAGCCCGAGGAGGAUGAGGACGAGCUCCUGAGUGAUGAAGAAGAGGAUGAAGAAUUCAGUGAAGAAGAGUCAGAGGAGGAAGACUCAGAGGAUGACAGAAGAAUGAAGGGGCGAGGAGGCAAGGCAACUAAGGGAAAGAAAGGGGGGAAGUCUAGACAUGGGGACUCAGAUGAUGAGGAUGAGGAGGAUGAGGAUGAGGAGGAUGAAGACUACGAAGAGGAUGGUGGCAAAUCCAAAAAGAAAUCUAAAGAUGGCCACCACCAUAAAGGAGGGAAAUCUGAUGCGGAGGCAAAGAAAAAAGGUAAAAAACGUGAGGAAGCUCCACAGCUUCCUAUAAAGGAAAUCCCAAAGAAAGGUCUGAAGAACAUGUCUAGGAUGUUCAUGAAGUUUUCUGGCUUCAAGAGGCGCAGGAACAGCAGGAAGAAGCUGAAAAGUACAUCACGUUUGUUCUUAGGAUUGGGGAGGAGAAAAACCCGCAUUGCUAAGAAGAAACGCCGCAAGUCCAUGCUGAAGAACACCUCUCGAUUCAUGAUGAGGUUCAAGCGCAGCAAAAAUAAUAAAAAAGAGAAGGAGGCCAAAGAGAAGAUGGAGAAAAACGGUGGAAAGAAGCCAACCUACAUGCUGCUUCGUCUGGGAGGAGAAAACAAAUCAAAUAAAAAGAAAGGGGGCUUCUUCAAAAACUUGUUUGGAAAAAAGAACGGUGACGGGCCUCCUGAUGACUUCAAGAACACAAGUGUGCUGCUUGGUAAGGUUGCAGCAGCAACUAACUGGUUGACUAAGCGCUUCUUGUCCACUAAAAUGCGAGAAAAUGUAGGACACCAUGGCUGGGACGGACAUAGACAUAACCGACAAGCCAGCUCCAGAGGUCGCCUAAAUGGUUACUAUAACAAUGGUUAUGAGAAUGGGGAGGAUGGAUACGACCAGCGACAUUCAGGCAUCCAGAAAUCUUAUGGAGGCUAUGACGAUGGCUAUGGUGGUUAUGGAGAUGUGGCAACUGCAGUAUAUGAAAGCCACGGUCAGUAUGGUUACUAUGGCAAUGGAGCAGGGGUGGCAGACUAUCAAGACUUGGGUUACUAUGAGGAAGAAGGACUCUAUUAUCCAAAUGCAGAAUAUUAUGAAGUAGGUCCUCAUGAUGAUGGCAUAGGGGACUACUAUAACCCUUAUUCUGCCCAAGGCUACUAUGACAACCAGGAAGCUGUUUACUAUGAUGACCAACAACAACAGGCAAUGGCAAUGUAUGGUGACGAGGGUCAAGGCUACUAUGCACAAAUGGGUGAGGAUGGAUUCCUUGACCCUCAAGCUCAGGGUUAUUUCGAUGUAAAUGGUCAAGGAGUUUACUACGGUAAUGGACAAGUGGGUUUCUAUGAUAACGGACAGGCAAAUUAUUAUGAGGACCCUUAUGCAGCAACUAUGGGAAUACAAGGGGGAUUUCCACCGGACAAUCAACUUAGCUAUAUUGAUACUGGCAUGCCCUAUCAAGACUACAGCUCCCAGCAGGCCAUCGGAUUUCUACCAGGAGACCAGCAAGUCUUUGGCUUUGGAGGGCAAGGGAUGGAUCAGCUACAGGGCCUGUAUGGGGACCAGAAUCCAGACCAAUAUGAUCAAUAUGGGGAUGAUACCGGUGGCAUUCAGGGAGAGGAGAUGACAUUUAGAGUUCCGAGACCUCAAGUGCGCCUAUUUGGGAAAGAGCGUCUGGAUGUGCCUCUGCCCCCUUCACCUACUUUGCCACCUGAUCCAGAAUUUGAAGACAUGUCAGAAAUCCAGUAUGAAGACCAGUAUCCACUUGCGCCAGGUUAUCUUGGUGACAUGAUGUCAAUACAGCAGCAAAUGCAAAUGUCACCACAACAACAAAUGAUGAUGUCUCCUCAAGAACAAAUGAUGUUUUCUCAACAACAAACUAUGUUGUCCCCUCAAGAACAAAUGAUUAUGACCCCACAGAUAAUGUCACCCCAGCAAGAGAUGAUGUCACCACAGCAACAAAUGAUGUCACCACAGCAACAAAUGAUGUUACAACAAGAACAGUAUAUGUCUGCCCAAAUGAUGCCAUCACAGAUGAUGUCACCACAGCAACAAAUGAUGUUGCCACAGCAACAGAUGUUGCCCCAACAAAUGAUGUCACCACAGCAGCAGAUGAUGUCACAACAAAUGAUGUCACCACAAGAGCAGAUGUCACCACAGCAACAAAUGAUGUUGCCACAGCAACAGAUGUUGCCCCAACAAAUGAUGUCACCACAAGAUCAGAUGAUGUCACAACAAAUGCUGUUACCACAAGAGCAGAUGAUGUCGCCGCAGCAACGAAUGACGUCUCCACAAAUGAUUUCCCCGCAGCAGAUGAUGGCAGACCCGAUGAUGAUGGCACAACCACAGGGUUAUGGCCCAGUGAUCCCUACUCCAACAGCAAUGAUUAUUAAGCAAGCAAAUCUGUCCCCUCUUCCUGGGCGGCGCCUGCAACCCUCUCCAACUCCAUCCCGCCGUUCUGUCAUCAUGCCCUCCCCACAGAUGCAGCGCCAUCCCUCUACCAUGGCUUCUCCAGCACCUUCUCCUAUGCUCCCACAGAGAUUCAGCCCCUCCCCACAACCAUCCAUGAGGAGUGGGUUCAUCAAUUCCCAGAGACCCCCCUCUGUAAUGUCGAGACAACUCCCACCGCCUUCCUCCCCCAUGGCCUCCCCCAUCGCCCGUCGUAGAAUGCAACCUCAGAGAUCACCUUCUCCCGUGGCUCGAGGACCCUCACCCCCUCACUCUCCACGUGCCUCCAUGAUUCUGCGAAGUCCUCCACCCUCACCAAGAGCAUCAGUGAGACAACGUUCUCCACCUUCCUCACCCCGGGCUUCUAUGAGGAGGCGAAGUCCCCGAGCCUCACCUGCUCCAGCCUCCAGCCCGUUUGGAGGGAGGACGAUGCAUGGUCCAACCUCCCCUCGUCAUGCAUCUCCCCCUCACUCUCCACAGAUCAGUAGAAGACCAUCUCCCUCUCCCUCCCCAUCUCGUCGCAGUUUGUCUCCUGCAGGUCCUCGGCAGUCCCAGUCAUCUCCUACCCUCUCUCGUCGCUCAACUCGGCUGCUCAGGGACCCCACACCACUGGCCCGGCCUAGGAUGAGGGGAAAUGUACCCUUAGGUACUGUCCGGCCCUCACCUAUGGGUCUCAGAGGGCGCCCCGUGCCCCCACCCACCCAGAAUGUGCGUCCAUUCCGUCCCUCCUCCAUACAAAGUAAUAGGUCUUCUGUUCUCACAGUGGACUCCUCCCUUCUCUCCUCCCCUUUUCACUCCCCUCACAUGGUCCACCGUGCUCCUCUGGGGAGGAGAGAAUCUGGUCGAUUUCGUCCUCGCCCUGUGGCUCGAGGACGUCCUAUAUCGCACCAGUCUAUAAGAAGGAUGCCUACCACCUCUCCACAGCCCUCCCUUAAACACAUGUCAUAUCCUGCAUCCCCACGAUUUGGCCAAGAGCCAGCCCAAGUAGUAGAUGUAGAAUAUUCAUCCCCUGUGUUUUCUGGUGCAAUGCGAAACCAGGUAAUUCGGGAUGCUUCCUAUGUUCCCUCACUGCAAAGACCAAUGUCACCUUAUGCGCAGUCUAUGGCCCCUUCAUCUCCCAUGUUGUCUCGGGCUCUGCAGAAUCAGGCUAUACAAGAUGCAUCUUACGCUUCUCCUUUACAAAGGCCAAUGUCCUCUUAUGAACAGCCUAUGGCCCCUUCAUCUCCCAUGUUGUCUCGGGCUCUGCAGAAUCAGGUUAUACAAGAUGCAUCUUACGCUUCUCCUUUACAAAGGCCAAUGUCCCCUUAUGAACAGCCUAUGGCCCCUUCAUCUCCCAUGUUGUCUCGGGCUCUGCAGAAUCAGGCUAUACAAGAUGCAUCUUACGCUAGUCCUUUACAAAGGCCAAUGUCCCCUUAUGAACAGCCGAUGCACCCUUCUUCCCCAAUGCUAUCUGGAGCUCUUCAAAACCGGGCAGUGAGAGAAGCUUCCUAUGCAUCUCCUCUUCAAAGGCCUCAGUCCCCAUAUGACCAAUCUGUACCUUCAUCUCCAAUGCUAUCUGGAGCCAUGAGACAUAGUCAGGCACUAAGAGGUGUGGCUUCUUAUCAGACUCCACAACUCCAUUCACCAUAUGGACCAACUAUCAUUACUCCAUAUGAUUAUAUCUCUGAGCCUGGUCCAUCACCACUGCUUCAUGAUGCCCUACAGAACAGGUCUAAUUUGCAGUAUGUGUCAUCUUUAAGAUCCCCUAUGAUGCAACGUCGUAACCCUUAUUCACCAGCUGGGCCUCAGCUCCAUAAUGCUCUUCAACAGAACCCAAAUCUCCGCCAAGCAUCUUAUCAGACCCCUAUGCAACUCAGACGGUCCCCAUAUGGACCCCCACCACCCUCCUCACCAAUGUUAGGAAGUGCUCUGCCAAUCUCACAGUUGGCGCAGGCAUCCUACCGGCUGCCAGAUGGAACCUUAGUGUCACCGUAUGCACAUACACCGUCCUCUCCAUUGCUCGGCCAUGCCUUGCAAAACCAACAAGUUCGUGGUGCCUCGUACACUUUGCCUGAUGGAUCAGUUAUCAUGGACCCACGUAUCCCCCAAAAGCCCAUGUCUCCUAACCUUUCCAGAGCUCUUCAAAACCAGAAUGUCAAGACUGCUUCAUAUACUCUUCCUGAUGGCACCAUUAUAGACCCGAGGCAGCAGCAAGCCAUUUCCCCAAACCUGGCUAAGGCCCUGAGCAACCCAGCUCUGCGUGCAGCCUCCUAUUCCCUCCCAGAUGGUACCAUUGUGAUUGACCCUAAGAAACCGAAGUCCCCAAACCUUACAGCAGCACUUCAAAACCCUUACCUGAAAAGUGCAGCUUACACCCUGCCCGAUGGUACUAUCAUUAUUGAUCCACGGAAACCUCUCUCUCCAAACCUCUCCAGCGCACUUCAAAAUUCUGCUCUGCGGGACGCCUCCUUCACACUACCGAAAGGGGUUCAGGACCCAAAUACACCCAUGUCACCAAACUUGGCUAAGGCCCUCAGUAACCCAGCCUUGAAAGGAGCUACAUACACCCUCCCAGAUGGAACAAUUAUCGUUGACCCAAGGAAACCAAAGAGCCCCAACCUGACAGCCGCCCUGCAGAAUCCCUAUUUAAAGGGUGUGUCCUACACCCUGCCUGAUGGAACCAUCAUCAUUGACCCACGGAAACCAGCUAGCCCUGACCUGUCUAAAGCUCUAAUGAAUGAGAACCUUCGUAGUGCAUCAUAUCGGCUCCCUGAUGGUACCCUUGUUAUCCCUGGCCAGAAGCCCAACCUCUCAGCUGCUCUGAGGCAAAACCGGGCCCUUCGGUCUUCAGAUCUCUAUAAUCUAGGAGAAAACUCUGUUCUAUCAGGGGCGCCCAGACCCACCCCUCCCAACCUUGCCUCUGCGCUGCGGAAUGAGGAACUCCGUGGUGUCAAUUUCAGGCUGCCGGAUGGCUCUGUCCUCACACGUCAGUUCCACAACCCAAGGCUGUCUGAAGCCGUCCAAAACCAGCAGCUUCGCUAUGCCUCAUACACGUUGCCAACAGGCCUGCAGGGGGAGGAUAAUCGAUAUGCUGUGAUUCCUCCCUAUGGACCACGCUCAGGACACUGGGCCAGGAAUGCCCGAGGAGGAGGGGAAAGAGGGGAAGACGUUUGGGCAGCUGAGAGGGUUUUACCACAUGGGACGGUCCAGAAUCUGUCAAAGUGGGCCAUGUACAGAGAAGAUGGGGUGUUAGAAGGAUAUUCACCCACAGUUCAACUUGUGGACGAACAGCCUCAGGACACAAACUGGACUCCUGACAGACAUAGAGUACCUGGUCAAAGCUGGUAUGACAAGAUCUACUCUAUCCUAAGCAUGCCCACAACAGGCCACAGGGUUAAACGCUGGGCGGAAGGAAUGGAGGACAUGACACAACUUCCUGAACUGAAUGAGACCACAGUUCUGAUGAACCUGAAGAAGCGCUUUGACCAGGAACUUGUUUAUACCUACAUAGGCAGCAUCCUUGUGUCUGUGAAUCCCUACAAGUUGCUCAACAUUUAUGGCACAGACAUGGUGCUUCAGUAUGGGGGCCGCGGCCUGAGUGACAACCCUCCUCAUCUUUUUGCCAUUGCUAAUCGCUCAUAUACCACCAUGAUGGAUGCCAAAAAGGACCAAUGCAUUGUGAUCAGCGGAGAAAGCGGGUCAGGGAAGACUGAAGCUACUAAACUGAUUCUCCGUUACCUGACAGCCAUACAUCACAAGUGCAACGUCACACAACAGAUAGAGAUCCUGGAGGCCACGCCCCUGUUGGAGUCUUUUGGGAAUGCCAAAACAGUGCGGAAUGACAACUCUUCACGGUUUGGCAAAUACACGCAGAUCUUCAUGGAGGAGGGUGUAAUCAGCGGUGCCAUAACGUCUCAGUACCUGCUGGAGAAGUCCCGCAUUGUCUUUCAGGCCAAAUCGGAGAGAAACUAUCACAUCUUCUACGAGAUGUUGGCAGGUCUUCCUCCUCAUGAGAAGCGCUCACUGUAUCUGCAGGAAGCUGAGACUUACUACUAUCUCAAUCAGGGAGGGGAUUGUACCAUAGAGGGAAAAGAUGACGGGGAGGACUUCAGACGUCUGCUGAGUGCCAUGGACAUUCUGUGUUUCACUCCAGAGGAGCUAAACUGCAUCUACAGACUGCUGUCCUCCAUCCUUCAUCUGGGGAACGUCUACUUCCAGCCACACCAGGCUGAGGGUCAGGAGGUUGCCUCGGUGGUGAGUGCGCAGGAGAUCAGGGUUGUAGCUGAGCUGCUGCAGGUCUCACCUGAAGGCCUGCAGAAGUCUGUCACCUUCAAACAGACAGAUACAGUAAGGGAGAAGAUCUUUACUCCACUCACAGUAGAGAGUGCUGUGGAUGCCAGAGAUGCCGUUGCCAAGAUCCUGUACUCGCUGCUGUUUAGUUGGCUGACAGAGCGCAUCAACGGACGGGUCUACCCUCGCAACGAAGCCCUCUCCAUCUCCAUAUUGGACAUAUAUGGAUUUGAGGAGCUACAGGUGAACAGUUUUGAGCAGCUGUGCAUCAACUACGCCAAUGAAACGUUGCAGUUCUUCUUUAACAGGGUCAUCUUCCAGGAGGAGCAGGAGGAGUACAUGCGGGAACAGAUCAUGUGGCAGCAACAGCCCUUCAGCCACAACCAGGCCUGUCUGGACCUCAUCGCUGCAAGGCCUCAUGGGAUACUGCGCAUACUGGACGACCAGUGUGGCUUCCCUCAGGCAACAGACCACACCUUCCUUCAGAAGUGCCACUAUCACCAUGGAAACAACCCGCUAUAUGCCAGGCCAAAGAUGCCACUGCCAGAGUUCACCCUGAAACACUAUGCUGGGAAAGUCACGUACCAGGUGCACAAAUUCUUGGAUAAGAACUUUGACACAGUCCGCCAGGAUGUUUUAGACCUCUUCAUCCAGAGCAAGAACAGGAUGGUAUCCAGCUUCUUCUUAAAGCACUCAGAGUCUGGGUCUCAGCAGCGGCGCAGCAGCGCGGCUCGUCGUUAUCAAGCCAACACGGUUAGCGCAAAGUUUCAGAGCAGCCUGCAGGAGCUGCUGGAGAAGAUGGAAAGGUGUAACCCUUAUUUUGUGCGAUGCAUCAAGCCAAACCAUCAUAAGGAGCCAGGAGUGUUUGACAUGGAGCUGGUUAACACUCAACUACAUUACUCUGGCAUCAUGGAGACCAUCCAUAUCAGGAAGGAGGGUUAUCCAAUCAGACUGCACUUUCACAGCUUCCUGAAAAGGUAUAAAGCUCUGCUCUGCAUGAAGGAUCCUCCACCUGCAGACGGAGAAAACUGUGUCAACAUGCUCCACAAGCUCGCUCUGGUCAAGAGCGGCUCGUAUCAGCUGGGAGUCAGUAAGAUUUUCCUGAAAGAGGAGCUGUAUCAGCUGUUGGAGGGGAAACGUGACCGUGUGCUGAACAUCGCUGCCGAGACACUGCAGAGAUACACCCGCUCAUGUCUUGUCCGAAAGAACUUUGCCAAGUUAAGACAGAAUGCGACCCUGUUGAAAGCUCGCUGCAAAGGCUACCUGGCCAGAAAAAGGUUUGCUCUGAGGAGGAAGUACCUCAUCAGACUCCGCUCUGCUGUGCUUCUCAUCGCCAACUGCCAGCGGUACAUGAGGACAGUGGUGCAGCCUGCAAGGAAGGCAGAGGAGGAUCGUAUCAACAGAGAAGUGGUAAAUGUAACAACGCUGCCCAUACCUGCAGACCUGGCAGUUUUGCUACAGGCAGCCUCAGGUGUGUCGCUCCUGUGUCCUCUGCACUCCUGGACAACUGCAGAAGAAAUGGCCAAAGAUAUCUUACAACACAGGGGUGUGUUGGAGGGCCGUCAAGGCUGGUCGGUGCUGCUGAAGGAGCCGGCCCAGUGGGUGGAGCUGGAGGGCUCAGACUAUGUUCUUGACCUGAUGUCAGACCUGGAGCUUCCUGCUGACUUCCCCAAACACAGCAGCUACUUUAUCAUCUCUGCACAGGAACCAACCAGAGUGCGGCCCAAUGCCAGCAUAAGCCUAUUGGGUGGUGGGUUUGACAUGAAGGAUGGUGGCAUGACUUCAGUCAUACCUGGCUCUGUUGGACAUGACUUGGAGCCUCAGAGAGGGAUGGAUUGUUAUCUCGACAGCCUGUUUGACCCUGUACUGUCCGAGGGAACUGGAGAAGUAGAAUCAGCUGCAGGACUAUCCAGCAGGAUGAAGGGGGCUGGGGGAGUUGGAGGGGGUUGGCAACAGCAAGGGCAGUCAACCGGCCCCCCACCUCCACCUGGGGCUGUGAGAGUCCUUCCCGUGGGUGGCGUGAUGUUGCCUCGUGUCGCGGCAGUGGCCCCUGUAACACCUGAUGCCCAGGAGGCUGUUUUUUCCCAGCAGCAGCAGGCGAUCAUGAACCAGCAGGCUAUCAUCAUGGCCCAGCAGAUGACCAUGCAGGCUAUGGCCAUUGUUGGCAGCCCAGUGACAAGCCCCCCCACCUCCCCGAUCACAAGUCCUCCCAUGAGUCCCCUGCCUCACCACUCUCCCAGCCCAUACUCCUACACCAGCCCCUACGCUUUCAUACCCCCAAGUCCAUACGCUAACAUCCCACCCAGCCCCUACGCUAACUUCACUCCCACACCCUACGCUGCAGCGGACACCCCGCCCAGGCAUCCCUAUCCUCCUCCUACUCGAUCGGAACAAACUUCAUCGUACCUUCAAGAUCAGCCUCCUGCAGAGCCCCAGACCCAGCCUCAGGCCCCCAGCCACAACCCUCAGCAGAGCUACUCUAAAAUUAAUAAAACGGAGCCAGCACAGCCUAAAGCUAACGCUGCUUCACGGGUUCAGUCAGGUAAGGACAGCGUCUCUCGGAGGAAGGCUCCAGGCAUUCCCAUAAACAAGGACACACCAGUCAGGAAGUUUGCCCCAGUUGUGACGACGCCUCCUCCCCCUGCUGGAGAGGUAGUGAAGUACUCGGCUCAGACUACAGAUUUUGUCGCCCCCAGCCAAGAUAUUAAAGAAAUCAUCAAAAGGUACAACUCCCCACCUCCACCGGCAGACCUGCUGCCAUCUAACAAGAGGAGACCAGAGGGGAAGUUUAAGAAAAAGCAAAACCCUCGUGAUGAAGCUUUACAGAUCUUAAAGCCGCAGAUGGACCACCCUCCUGCUCCACAGCCCAAAGGUCCUGUUGCCCUCUCACCGUCUGCGUCUCCAAUGAAGGAGGCGGGAUUUAAACCCACCAGGAGCAUAAAGACAAGAGCACCUGAUCGUCGUCUCCCCAUACCUCCUCCAGUUUCUCGAGAGCUUCCAGUAGAGACUGAGACCAUCCAGACACAGCUUCAUCAGAGAACCAAUGAAGAGCACUACACCUACACCAAUGUUCCCUGGAGACUGUACCUCAGAAAGGAGGUUUUUUAUCCCAAAGACAGCUUCAACAAUCCUCUGGUGCUAGACCUCAUUUUCAAACAGAUAGUGAACGACACUCUGUCGGAGGCUUGUGUUCGCAUCACCCGGGAUGAAAGGCAGAAAAUGAAGGCUCUUUUCGCCAAACACGAGGUUGAACAGAAUAUGGAUCCAGUGGAGGAGCAUGUGAAGAAAACCAUUGUGACGGCUGCCAGGGAAACCUGGGAAAUUUACUUCUCCCGUCUGUUCCCUGCAUCGGGUAGUGUAGGAACAGGUGUGCAGGUGUUGUCAGUGUCCCACAGCGGUAUAAAGCUGUUGAAGACGGUAAAAAGCAGCGCUGCAGCUCCAGACUACUUCAGAGUCCUACGAGCCUACACGUUUGCAGACAUCCUGUUUGUAACCAUCCCCUCUGAGAACAUGCUGGAGUUCAAUCUGACCAAUGAGAAACUGAUCCUGUUCUCAGCCAAGGCACCGCAAGUCAAACAUCUCAUUGACACCUUCAUUAAUGAGAUCAAAAAGGAUUCUGAUUAUGUGAUUGCUGAGCGAAACUUUGUGACAGACGACCGCUCAAUGCUCAGUUUUCACAAAGGUGACAUCAUCAGGCUGCAGGUUAUGGACGGACUGGAGAAGGGUUACAGUUAUGGCUGUGUGGUGAGGAAGAAGGUGGUGUUUUUAGAAGAGCUGAAUAGAGACACUCAAGACUUUGGUUGGAAGUUUGGUGCUUUGUUUGGCCGCUCCGGUGCAUUCCCGGCUGAGUGCGUCCAUCCCGUGGCCCCUCCUGACUUCCUCUCGCUGCCACUGGACCGCAAGGCGGAGCCUCGAGGAGGAGCGGGACAGUUUGCUGUGUCAUCAGCCAUUGCUGUUGCUGUGGCGUCCACCAUGGCUGCACAUGAAAUAGACCAAACAAUUGAGAGGGUUUCCCUUGAUGGCUUUGCUGAUGGAGAUCUGGAUGAGACUGCCCUGCAAGACAGUAAAUAUGACAUGUUGGAGUUUGCCAAGAAAUACUACAGACAGGGAAACAACAUGAAGGGAGAUUCCCUGAAGAGCAAAAGCAAGAACAGAGACUCCAGAGAACCCACAGAAAUGAUUAAGUUCUCCAAGACUCCUCUGACUGAGUCUCUGAUAGACUUUACGGACCCAGUCAUGAACAGAGUGGCAACUGAUCUCUUCCUGUUGGUGAUGCGUUUCAUGGGUGACUCACCGUCAAGGGGAUCCACAGAGCAGGAAGUGGUCAGCACUUUCCUCAAGCUCAUAGGAGAGUUCACCUUGAUGAGGGAUGAGGCCUACUGCCAACUCCUCAAACAGCUGACGACUAAUACCAGCUCCAAACCUGAUAGCUGCCAACGAGGUUGGAGGCUGCUGUACAUCCUUACUGCUUUCCAUCGCUGCUCUGAAGUCCUUAAGCCCUUUCUGCUGAAGAACCUGCUGCAGGCUUCUCGCAGCGCUGGGGCACAGUAUCAGGGCAUCGCUAAAGCAUGCGAGCAAAACCUGAAGAAGACGUUCAAGUACGGCGGCCGCAUUGUUUCACCCAACAGCAUGGAGCUGAAGGCUAUGAUGGCGGGACGUAGUUCAAAACGUCAGCUGUUUCUCUUUCCUGGAGGCAUUGAACGUCACGUGAAAAUCAAAACUUGCUCUGUAGCCCUGGAGGUGAUUGAGGAGCUGUGUUUCGAGAUGGGUUUACACAAGCUGGAGGCAAUGGAAGAAUAUGCCAUAUUUUUAGUCACCAACAGAGGUCAGAAUGUGCGUCCUCUGAACAAACACGAGUACAUCAUGGAUGUUGCGACCGAGGCUGAGUUAGUCGAUACCAACUACAGCUUCUGGUUCAGACGGGUUGUAUGGACUCAACCGCUCAAGUUUGAUAAUGAGCUCUGUGUUGCCAUGCAUUACAACCAGAUCCUGCCAGACUACCGUAAAGGCCUGCUAAAUGUUCUUCCACAUGGAAAAGUGAGCGAUCAACAGUUCCACCAAAUCUCCAAACUAGCAGCUUUGCAGCACAGAGCCAAGGACAUCAUCUUCAUCCCCAGCAUACAUGAAUUAUCAGAGUACAUUGCCCCACCUCUGUUCAAAAAGCAGCCACCCCAGCAGUGGGUUACCAUGGUGACACAGCACAUGCAGCAAGUGCAGACCUUAAAUCCGCACCAGGCCAGAGCACAGUUUCUGGGGCUGAUCAGUGCAUUCCCCAUGUUCGGCUCCUCGUUCUUCUACAUCCACAGUAGCAGCUCCACCACCUUCUACGCGCCUUGUAUUGUUGCUGUCAAUCAACAUGGCCUCCACUUCAUGCACAAAAAUACACACGAGCUGAUGGCAGUGGUCCCCCUGGUGGAGGUGCAGUCCAGCCGCACCCAGAGGCCAACUGCUGGAACGAGUUACCCGUAUGUGGACUUCACCCUGGGGGACUUGAACAUGCAGCGGGUCAUUCAGCUGCAGCUGGAGCAGGGCCUGGAGUUGUGUCGAGUCAUCGCCAUGCAGGUGGAAAAUAUGAUGUCUGUGCGGGAGAGGAGACUCACCCUGCCACCCAGUGAAAUCACCAUGUUAUAACUUAUGCUCAUGCCUCAUUGUUCACACAUACACAUUUGUAUGAACCCACACAUACAUGCAGACGAAACCCUUAUAAAUAGCCUACCUCUUCUUGCCUUCAGGUAUUUUAUUAUGUGAUGUGAAUGCAUAAGUGUAAAAUAAUUAAAUCAGACUCCUUCAACUUGAUGAUUUUACUACAUUACCUGAAACAAAGUGCAUCCUGAAGGCAAUGAAAAGUCAAUAUAAGUUCAUGUUUCUUUCAGGUUGAGGCCUUUAAUUGCACUUACUACCUUAACUGUAAUUGAUCAAACACAAAAGAUGUUUUAAAAUGUGCAGAAACGGAAGAACGUCUCAGGCCCGUGCCUUGUCAUUACAAAGUUUUAUAACUUAUAUGUAACAUGUUUUUUAUUUUUAUUUUUUAUUGAUACCGUUUACUGUGAAACUUAAUAGUGAAACAAUUGUUAUAUAUAACCAAUAUUAAUCCAUCAACCUUCUUGUUUUGUAAAGCAUAUUUCAUCAAAAUAAA